AGUGCAGCUGGCACCAUGGGUGUGCUCCAGAGCAGCUUCUGUUUGCUCUGAGCCCCCAGCCUUGCCUCCCCUUUCACCAUGUUUCCUCUGGCAAGAUUUUAAGUACAGCAAUUCAAGAAGAUUUCUCCUCCUAAAUAACAGUAUUCUAAAGUAUAUUGCCUCUUGAUUGCUGGAAAAGAAUCCUAAAUUUUUUCAAAAAUAAUUUAUGAGCAAGUUUCUGUUUUAAUUUUAAUCAGUUUUAUGAUGAAAGGAGCAUUAAAAUUGAUUAGCACCCAUUAGUCAAAGUGUGCAUUGUCUUUCAGAGGAAACUAUAAGAGAUCCCAUUGAGUGUGCCAUGCCAGUGGGGAGAAUUGAAUGUCCCUCAUCUCCCUCUUUCCCUAGGGACAGUAGUCAUGAGUGCCGAGUGUGCGGGGUCACAGAAGUGGGUCUCUCUGCAUAUGCAAAGCACAUUUCUGGCCAGUUGCAUAAAGAUAAUGUGGAUGCUCAAGAAAGAGAAGAUGAUGGAAAGGGAGAGGAAGAGGAAGAAGAGUAUUUUGACAAGGAACUUGUUCAGUUAAUAAAGCAAAGGAAAGAACAAAGUCGACAAGAUGAAGCCUCCAUUGGCAACCAAGAAAUAAACCCUGAUGACAGACGACCCCAGUGGAGACGAGAAGACCGAUUCCCUUACCAAGACAGACUAAAUGCAUCUCGGAGAAAUGUCAACUGGGAACAGGUCAUUCAGCAUGUAACCAAGAAAAAGCAAGAACUAGGCAAAGGCUUACCCAGGUUUGGGAUUGAAAUGGUGCCCCUGGUUCACAAUGAGCAAGAGGUCUUAGAUUUGGAUGGAGAGCCAGAUCUGUCCAACCUAGAAGGAUUCCAGUGGGAAGGUAUUUCUAUUUCCUCACCCCCUGGCUUGGCAAGGAAGCGAAGCCUUUCUGAGAGCAGUGUGAUCAUGGACAGUUUGGUGGAUGCAGCUACAGAUAGCAGCUGUACCUCAGGUGCUGAACAAAACGACGGCCAGAGUGUUAGAAAGAAACGAAGAGCUACUGGAGAUGGGUCUUCUGAACUCCCCAGUCUGGAGAGAAAAAACAAAAGGAGGAAAAUCAAAGGGAAAAAAGAACGUUCUCAGGUUGACCAGCUGCUGAAUAUUUCUUUAAGAGAGGAAGAACUAAGCAAGUCUUUGCAAUGCAUGGAUAACAACCUUUUACAGGNNNGAUCACUUUUGAAACGAGAUUUUAAUAUACUUAACAAGAUACUUUAUUUUUAGAUAACUAUGGAGAUGAGUGCACUGAGGACCCAUAGAAUACAGAUUCUACAGGGAUUACAAGAAACGUAUGAACCUUCUGAGCACCCAGACCAGGUUCCCUGUAACCUUUCCCAAGAACAGAGGAACAGUAGAUCUCAGUCGUCAUCUGAUGCCACACUGCUACCUGCUCCCCUUUUCCCAGUUUUCCUGGACCCUCCAUCUUUCCAUGUGUCACCAUCAUCUACAUCUUCUACUUUCCAAGCCCAUGGCACUAUCCCUGCUCCAGACUCAUCAAUUCAGAUUAAACAAGAACCUUUGUCUCCUGAACGUGAUGAGAAUGUGAAUACUGUACCACAAGGCUCUGCUGGUAGUGUGUCCAAGGAAUUACCUCAAACCAAUAGAGAGAUCAGUGACAGUUGUCCAGUUUAUCCAGUCAUCACUGCAACAUUGUCCUUAUCAGAGCUAACAGAGACUGUCCAGGAGGCUAGCCAAGAAUUGAAGUGUUCUGUGGAACAAAGAAAUCUCAGAAACAGAGAAAAUUCUCCCUCUUGCCAAUCACCUUGCCUUCCCAACGUAAAUAAAGAAGGAGAAGAACUAACCAAAGUCAACAGUGGCUCAGAAGCCUGUACAAGUUCUAUUCCAAGAUUAUCCUUUGCUUCAGAAACUCCUUUGGAGAAGGAACUCCAUUCCCCAGCUGACCAGCCUGACCAGCAGGCAGAAUCCACUCUGACAUCUGCAGAAAGCAGAGGAAACAAGAAAAAGAAGAAACUUAGGAAGAAGAAAACACUACGGGCUAUUCAUGUUCCUGAGAACAGUGACACUGAACAGGAUGUAGUUACUGCCAAACCUGUAAGGAAAGCAAAAACUGGAAAGUUAACUAAAGGGGGGAAAGUAACAACCUCCACUUGGGAAGAUGGGAGAACGGGCCAGGAACAAGAAAGUGUCAGAGAUGAGCCAGACAGUGACUCAUCUGUGGAAAUCCUAGAAAUUCCUAAUCCUCAACAAGAGAUAGUAGCCAUUGAUUCUGCUGAAUCUGGAGAAGAGAAACCAGACAGCCCAUCUAAAGAGGAUAUCUGGAACUCCACAGAGCAAAACCCACUAGAAACUUCUCGUUCUGGUUGUGAUGAAGUCAGCUCCACCAGUGAGAUUGGCACGCGCUAUAAAGAUGGCAUCCCUGUAAGUGUGGCAGAAACACAGACUGUGAUCUCCUCCAUAAAAGGAUCAAAGAACUCUUCAGAAAUAUCUUCAGAGCCAGGAGAUGAUGAUGAGCCCACAGAAGGGAGCUUUGAGGGGCACCAGGCUGCAGUGAAUGCAAUACAAAUAUUUGGGAACUUACUGUAUACCUGCUCAGCAGAUAAAACUGUCCGAGUUUAUAAUCUGGUGAGUCGGAAAUGCAUAGGUGUCUUUGAUGGCCACACCUCUAAAGUGAAUUGCCUUCUAGUGACUCAGACAUCUGGAAAGAAUGCUGCCCUUUACACUGGUUCCAGUGAUCACACCAUUCAUUGCUAUAAUAUUAAGACCCGGGAGUGUGUGGAGCAGUUGCAGCUGGAAGACCGGGUUCUCUGCCUCCACAGUAGAUGGCGAAUCCUCUAUGCUGGUCUCGCAAAUGGCACUGUAGUCACCUUCAACAUAAAGAACAACAAGCAACUUGAGGUCUUUGAAUGCCAUGGUCCUCGGGCUGUCAGCUGUCUUGCCACAGCUCAAGAAGGUGCCCGAAAGCUGCUGGUUGUAGGAUCUUAUGACUGCACCAUCAGUGUUCGUGAUGCACGGAAUGGACUGCUCCUCAGAACGUUGGAGGGCCAUAGCAAAACCAUUCUUUGCAUGAAGGUGGUGAAUGACCUUGUGUUUAGUGGCUCCAGCGACCAGUCAGUUCAUGCCCACAACAUUCACACUGGUGAGCUUGUGCGCAUCUACAAAGGUCACAGUCAUGCCGUGACUGUGGUGAAUAUCCUAGGAAAAGUGAUGGUGACCGCUUGCCUAGACAAAUUUGUUCGAGUCUAUGAAUUACAGUCCCAUGAUCGAUUGCAAGUUUAUGGAGGACACAAAGACAUGAUUAUGUGUAUGACCAUCCAUAAAAGUAUGAUCUAUACUGGCUGUUACGAUGGCAGUAUUCAGGCUGUGAGGCUAAAUCUGAUGCAGAAUUAUCGCUGUUGGUGGCAUGGCUGCGCUUUAAUAUUUGGUGUCAUGGAUCAUUUGAAACAACACUUGCUUACUGACCACACUAAUCCUAACUUUCAAACUCUGAAGUGUCGCUGGAAGAACUGUGAUGCUUUUUUCACUGCUAGGAAAGGAUCUAAACAGGACGCUACAGGACACAUUGAACAACAUGUUGAAGAGGACAGCAAAAUUGAUUCAUAA